GACCCCGCAGCCCUGCAGCCUGUGGCUGCCCGCGGCGGGUCAGGUCAGCCACGCUGGCUGCGCGGGGUGGGGCUGAGGACUCGCGCGGAUGCACGAUGCUCCAGGCGGGCGAGAUUGGCGAGGCGCCCGCAGCCCUGUGCUGCUCGGAAAGGGGAGACGACCGGAAGAACCUGGAGGAGAAAGGUGACAUAGAUGUUGCUUCAUGUGUUGGAAUUCAACAAGGCAGUGAAGGUACAGAUGAAGAUAAUCUUUGUACUUAUGUGUCUGCGUUCAUAGAAAAGGAAGUUGGAAGUGACAUUAAAUCUUUAAAGAAACUUGAUAAACUCAUAGAACAAAUGACAGAAAGUAAAAUGCAGUUAGAAGAACAGGUACUUACAAUUUCAUCAGAAAUUCCUAAAAGAAUUCAAAGUGCCUUAAAAAAUGCAGAAGAAUCAAAACAAUUUCUUAAUCAGUAUCUGGAGCAAGAAACACAUCUUUUCAGGUCUAUUAAUAGUCAUUUGCUGACUGCACAGCCUUGGAUGGAUGAUCUUGGGGUCAUGAUUAACCAGAUUGAAGAGAUUGAACGGCAUCUUGCUUACCUUAAAUGGAUUUCACAAGUUGAAGAACUAAGUGAUAACAUUCAGCAAUAUUUGAUGACCAACAAUGUGCCUGAGGCCGCUUCUACCCUGAUGGCUAUGACAGAACUUGACAUCAAGCUUAAAGAAUCAUCCUGCACUCAUCUUCUUGGGUUUGUGAGAGCCACAGUUAAGUUCUGGCACAAAAUUCUAAAGGACAAACUUACAAGUGAUUUUGAGGAAGUUUUAGCACAGCUUCACUGGCCAUUCACUGCACCCCCCCAAUCACAAACUGUUGGCUUCAGUCGACUUGCUAGUGCCCCCGAGAUGUACAGUAACCUGGAGACAUUGUUUUGUCAGCUGCUGAAGCUACAAACCUCAGAUGAAUUACUUACUGAGCCAAAACAACUCCCAGAAAAAUACUCUCUUCCCUUAUCCCCUUCUAUCAUCCUACCCAUCCAGAUUAUGCUGACUCCUCUUCAGAAGAGGUUCAGAUAUCACUUCAGAGGCAACCGGCAAACUAAUGUUAUAAGCAAGCCUGAAUGGUACUUGGCUCAGGUUCUUAUGUGGAUUGGAAACCAUACUCACUUUCUGGAUGAGAAGAUUCAACCAAUAUUGGACAAAGUAGGCUCUGCAGUAAAUGCAAGGCUUGAGUUUUCUCGAGGCCUUAUGAUGCUUGUUCUUGAGAAGUUAGCUUCUGAUAUCCCUUGUCUACUCUAUGAUGACAAUCUCUUUUGUCAUUUGGUGGAUGAAGUGCUCUUAUUUGAAAGGGAACUACACAGUGUUCAUGGCUAUCCUGGCACUUUUGCUAGUUGUAUGCAUAUUUUAUCAGAGGAAACCUGUUUUCAAAGAUGGUUGACUGUGGAGAGAAAAUUUGCUCUUCAAAAAAUGGACUCAAUGCUUUCAUCAGAAGCUGCCUGGGUAUCACAAUAUAAGGAUAUCACUGAUGUGGAUGAAAUGAAAGUUCCAGACUGUGCAGAAACUUUUAUGACUCUACUCUUGGUUAUAACUGACAGAUAUAAAAAUUUACCCACAGCUUCCCGAAAGCUGCAGUUUCUAGAGUUACAGAAGGACUUAGUAGAUGAUUUUAGAAUCCGAUUGACACAGGUGAUGAAAGAAGAGACUAGAGCUUCCCUGGGCUUUCGAUACUGUGCAAUUCUUAAUGCUGUGAACUAUAUCUCAACAGUACUAGCAGACUGGGCUGACAAUGUGUUCUUUCUGCAGCUUCAGCAGGCAGCAUUGGAAGUUCUGGCAGAGAAUAAUACCCUCAGUAAACUACAAUUGGGACAACUAGCCUCUAUGGAGAGUUCUGUCUUUGAUGACAUGAUUAACCUUUUAGAGCGUUUGAAGCAUGAUAUGUUGACCCGUCAAGUCGACUAUGUUUUUAGAGAAGUUAAAGAUAGGGCAAAAUUGUACAAGAAAGAAAGAUGGCUGUCCUUGCCAUCUCAGUCGGAACAGGCAGUGAUGUCCCUCUCUAGUUCGGCCUGCCCAUUCUUGCUCACUCUACGAGACCGUCUGCUUCAGCUGGAGCAGCAGCUUUGUUUCUCCUUAUUUAAAACUUUCUGGCAAAUGCUUGUGGAGAAGCUGGAUGUGUACAUCUAUCAAGAAAUAAUCCUGGCUAAUCACUUCAAUGAAGGAGGAGCAGCCCAGUUGCAGUUUGAUAUGACUCGGAAUCUCUUUCCUUUGUUUUCCCACUAUUGCAAGAGACCAGAAAAUUAUUUUAAGCAUGUAAAAGAAGCCUGUAUUGUUUUGAAUUUAAACAUUGGUUCUGCACUACUCCUGAAAGAUGUACUGCAGUCAGCUUCGGGGCAGCCUCCUGCCACAGCAGCAUUGAAUGAAGUUGGAAUUUACAAACUUGCUCAACAAGAUGUUGAGAUUCUACUUAACUUGAGGACACACUGGCCUAAUACUGGAAAACAAUGAGACCUUUAGAAAAGUA